CUGCGCUGCGUGCGUGCCCCGGAAGCGGAAGCCAGCGCCCCUUUGCCGGCGGCCGAUUCGAGGGCUUGUUUUGUCACAAGCGGAGCCUCUGAGGAGCUGGAAGAGGGCGGACCAUGCCGUCCGAGGGUCGCUGCUGGGAGACCCUGCAGGCUCUGCGUAGUUCCAACAAAGGUCGCCUUUGCUACCACCGCGACUGGCAGCUGCGGGGUGAGGAUGUUUUAGAAGAAUGUAUGACUCUUCCAAAGCUAUCUUCUUACUCUGGAUGGGUGGUAGAUCAUGUCCUACCCCAUACACAGGAGAACCCACUACCCUCUGAGACCUCACCAUCCCCUAGGUACACUUCAGCCCUAGACCAACCCUCAUGUGUUCCCAAAUCUCCUGUCAGAAACUCUGCCUUCUCACCAGCCUCCCCUGCAACACCGAAUGGAACCAAGGAUAAACAGGAGUCCCCACAUACAGAAUCUAUGGUACUUCAGUCUUCCCGGGCAAUCAAAGUGGAAGGCUGCAUCCGAAUGUACGAACUGGUACACAGAAUGAAAGGAACGGAAGGCCUGCGGCAGUGGCAGGAGGAGCAGGAGAGGAGGGUGCGGGCCCUUUCGGAGAUGGCAUCUGAACAGCUGAAGCGGUUUGAUGAACGGAAGGAACUGAAACAGCAUAAAGAAUUCCAGGACCUGCGGGAGGUGAUGGAGAAGAGCUCCAGAGAAGCCUUGGGGCACCAGGAGAAGCUAAAAGCGGAGCAUCGUCACCGAGCAAAGAUUCUCAACCUGAAGCUGCGGGAGGCCGAGCAGCAGCGCCUGAAGCAAGAGGAGCAGGAGCGGCUUCGGCGGGAAGAAGGCCAGGGCCGCCUGCGCAGCCUCUACGCCCUGCAGGAGGAAGUGCUGCAGCUCAGCCAGCAGCUGGACUCCGCUGAGCAGCACAGGGACCUACUGCAGAUCGACCUGGCAGCCUCCCGCACCCGAGGCAACCAGCUGUGCAGCCUCAUCUCGGGGAUCAUUCGGGCCACUUCAGAGAGUGGCUAUCCUACAGCAGAGAACCAAGCUGAGGCUGAGCGAGCUCUGCAGGAAAUGCGGGACCUUCUUAAAAACUUGGGGCAGGAGAUCACCAGAGCCUGUGAAGACAAGAAGCGGCAGGAUGAAAAGGAGGCCCAGGUAAAGCUGCAAGAGUCACAGAUGCAGCAGGGACCGGAGGCUCACAAAGAGUCCCCAGCUCCCAGCCAGGGCCCAGGAGGGAAACAGAAUGAAGACCUCCAGGUGAAGGUACAAGACAGUACAAUGCAGUGGUACCAGCAGCUGCAGGAUGCUGCCACACAGUGUGUGUUGGCCUUUGAGGGCCUCACCAACAGCAAAGACAGUCAGGCCAAGAAGAUAAAGAUGGACCUCCAGAAGGCUGCCACCAUCCCAGUGAGCCAAAUCUCCACCAUCGCAGGUUCAAAGCUGAAGGAGAUAUUUGACAAGAUCCACAGCCUCCUCUCAGGAAAACCCGUUCAAUCUGGUGGGCGCGCUGUAUGUGUCACACUGACCCCACAGGGGCUGGACUUCGUCCAGUACAAACUGGCAGAGAAAUUUGUGAAACAAGGCGAGGAGGAGGUGGCCUCUCAUCACGAAGCAGCGUUCCCCAUUGCGGUUGUGGCGUCUGGGAUCUGGGAGCUCCACCCCAGAGUUGGGGACCUCAUUCUUGCUCAUCUGCACAGGAAAUGUCCUUACUCUGUUCCUUUCUAUCCAGCUUUCAAGGAGGGAAUGGCUUUGGAAGACUAUCAGAGGAUGCUUGGCUACCAAGUGAAGGAUUCCAAAGUGGAGCAACAGGACAACUUUCUGAAACGCAUGUCUGGGAUGAUCCGUCUCUAUGCUGCCAUCAUCCAGCUCCGGUGGCCAUAUGGAACCCGACAAGAGGUUCAUCCUCAUGGCUUAAAUCAUGGCUGGCGCUGGUUGGCACAGAUCUUAAACAUGGAGCCCCUGUCAGAUGUUACAGCCACCCUCCUCUUUGACUUCUUGGAGGUGUGCGGGAAUGCCCUCAUGAAGCAGUAUCAGGUCCAGUUUUGGAAAAUGAUAAUUCUCAUCAAAGAGGACUACUUCCCCAGAAUUGAAGCCAUCACAAGCACAGGACAGAGGGGUUCCUUCAUACGCCUCAAGCAGUUCUUGGAGAAAUGUUUGCAACGCAAGGAGAUUCCUGUCCCCAAGGGCUUUCUGACAUCCUCCUUCUGGCGCUCCUGAUGUCACUCCGUCACCCACCAUCGCCAUCAUGUUGCAAAGAGGCAAUAAUAAAGCAACUGAGGAUGGCUGUGUAUGGGAGAAGUCAUGUCAGAUUUAGAAAUUUGCCAAUAUUUAUUUUUAUAUGUUUAUACCUUAUGACUUGGAGAGGAGAUUUUCAUGGGCCACAAAGUCUUGGGGGGGGGGUCCCUUAGUAAAUUGGGUAGCUUCCUAAGGGGUCUACAUGAUAAAGUAAGAUGGAAUUGGCCUUUCUUAUUUUUGCAAAAGU